AUGGAGGAGAGCACGCCGAAGCGCCGCAAGCUGGAUCACCGCGUAAGCGGUGUGCCUACCUUCGACUCCUCAAAUUCUGCCGCCUCGGCGAUGGGCGCUUCCGGCGCAAGCGCCUUCGUCCUGGAAGCAGAGGAACUGCUGAGAGGCCUAAGGUUCGAUUAUAGCAAAGCUUCUCCGCUAGUCGACGACACCCUACGACGAUACAAAGACAUUGUCGAGGACCUCGAACCCCACGAAGCCCUCCCCAUUGGCGACGCGUCGUCGCAUUUGGAGAAGUCCGCUCGAGUCACGAUCCCCUACCCCGACCCCAAGCCCGCCCCGGAUUCGCCUUACAAGGUCGCAUUGGCGAAGCCGGCCCAGGUCAACGUGGUGGGAAGCUGGAUUCUGAAGACCAAUAUCAAGUCGCAACCUGAUGUGGCUGCCGACAUGAUCGUGGUUAUGCCGUCGUCCAUCCUGCAGGAGAAAGACUACCUUAACUUGAGAUAUUUUUACAAGAGGGCUUAUUACCUAGCCUGUGUGGCUGCCCGUUUUCGCAGGGUGCUAGGCGACACGAUUGACCUCACCUUCGAGCAUCUACACGGGAACCUGCUACUACCGAUACUGGUUUGCCGGCCCAAGGACGACCCGAGCGCGGGCAAUGGCGACAGCGAUGCGGACGCCCGGACGAAAUCAGCGGUGGCGGUCCGCAUAGUCCCCUGCGCUCCGGACGGAUACUUCCCAACGCCAAAGCUUACGGCCGCCAGCAACGCUGUUCGACUAGACAAGACUGAGGAGAUGCAGGGAAGCACCAGAGAACCUACCCCUUUCUACAAUACCACGCUGAAAGCCGAGGGCCAAUUCCCUUCUUACUUACGACUCCUCCACCGUGCCGGAAACUCCUGCCCCGCCUUUCGGGAUGCUUGCGUGCUGGGUCGCGUCUGGCUGCAACAGCGAGCGUUCAGCAGCCGUAUCCACGGCGGCGGGUUUGGCCACUUUGAAUGGGCGGCCCUGAUGGCCCUCCUCCUGCAAGGCGGUGGUCGGAGGGGGGAGCCAGUGCUCUCACCGUCGCUACACAGCACUCAGUUGUUCAAGGCCACCCUACAAUUCCUCGCCACGGCGAAUUUACAGAAGAAAUCGCUGGUCAUCGGCGACGACCCCCCCAGUAUGGACUCUCUCCGUCAGAGCAUGCCGGUUCUGCACGACGCUGCUCGGGGAAUCAAUCUUUUGUAUAAAAUGACACCAUGGUCUAUCACGUUGCUCACGGAGCAGGCCAAAUGGUCGCUUGCUGCGAUAAAUGACAGCCCCCUCGAUCAAUUCGACCCCCUAUUCAUCAUAAAGGCGGACCAACCCCUGCAGAUGUUCGACUUGCUGCUUGAUAUCAAUAUACCCACCUCGGGGUCAGGGCUUCAACCCGCAGAUCGCAAGGGCUUCGUUUCCAACUUUGCUGACAGAGUGUACCACACUCUGAAAAAGGCGCUCGGCGAGCGAGCGCGGCUACUCCACAUCGACGCGCCGGGAACGGCGUCGUGGCCGAUCUCGACGGCAUCGCCGGAACCCAAGGGAAAUGUCCUCCGCAUCGGGGUUAUCGUGGACCCCCUUAAGGCGUCGCAACGCCGUGAUUAUGGUCCUACCCACGAAGAGAAAAAAGAUGCAGCUAUGUUCCGCCAAUUUUGGGGUGCUAAGGCGGAACUUUGGCAAUUCCCUGAUGGAAGCAUCGUCGAGAGCCUCGAUUGGACGGAUCAUUCUCAUCUGGGAUUUCCCGGCAUCUGCGAGGCUAUAGUGCGGUACAUACUAAAACUGCGAUUCGGCUUCGAGGAUGGCGAUGUCGAGUUCCACGGGCACGAGAUGUUCAAGAUGAUGCCGAUAACGCCCGCGGUCAAGGCGACCUUCGAUGCGGCAAGGCAGGCCUUCACGACUUUCGAGCGAGACGUGCGCAAUUUAGAGAAUUUGCCCUUACACGUGAAACAGAUCUCCCCCAUCGGUUCAGAUCUGCGGCACGCGUCGCUGCAAACGCCGGAGUUUAGCUUCAAAAGGCCGCUUGCACAUCCCAUAGAAAUCGUGCUCUCCUUCGAGGUCUCCGGGAAGUGGCCCGAGAACCUGGCUGCUAUCCAGCGGGCUAAGGUCGCGUUCCUGUUGAGGAUCGGCAAGUCGUUGGAGAAGGCCAAAGAAGAUAUAAAAACACACAUCGGGUUGGAGAGCGCGAGUCGCGACAACGAGAACCUAGCAUUCCUAGAUGUGGCGUACGACAGCGGUGCGGUAUUCAGGCUGCGGGUUAAUAGCGAUCUGGAAGAAGCCCUUCUCGAUAGGCAGACCAAGGACCAGACGGCUGAGCGCUACGUUCGCACGGAGGCCGCCGACCUUCUCGCCGCGUACAGGAGGAUGUACACGAAUCUGCCUCUCCACAACCAGACUAUCUCCACAUUCUGCACCAGGUUUCCCGCGCUGUCGGCUUCUAUACGUCUCACGAAACGUUGGUUCAACGCGCACAAGCUGUCAUGUCACUUCAGUGAGGAGCUCAUCGAGCUGUUCGUCCUGCAAGCCUUCCUCAAGCCGUACCCCUGGCAAAUCCCUUGUAGCGGGACGACUGGGUUCCUGCGGACGCUCUCGCUGCUGUCGAGGUGGGACUGGCGCGACGAGCCUCUCGUCGUCGACUCGGCGGACUCCCUGUCCACCUCGCAGCGACUUGAGAUCAGCGCGCGGCUCAAGGCGUGGCGAAAGAUCGACCCCAACAUGAACCGCACGGUGCUGUUCGUGGCGACGUCGCAGGACGUCAGCGGUGUCGCGUAUACGUCGCACGGCCCGCCGACGGUCGCCGCGACGCGGAUGACAGCGCUGGCGAGGUCGGCGUGCAAGGCGGUGCGGGAGCAGGGGCUCGGCCUCAGGAUUCAGUCCGUCUUCCAGGCGUCGCUGCGCGACUACGACGUCCUGCUCCACCUGUCACCGACGGUGCUCCGGAAACUCGCCGAAAACAGCGGAGGAGGCGACGACGACGACGGCGACGACGACGGGCACACGCGGUUCAAGAACCUCGAGGGGCGCGGGGCGGGGACGAAAGGGGGCGCCGCAGCGCUACCCCCGGCACCACCGGAACACCCGACCUCAACGCUGCUGCGGCGCCUACGGGAGGCGUACGCAAGCCCGCUGCUCUUCUUCCACGGGGGCGCGGGCGACGGGGUGAUCGGGGCGCUGUGGAACCCGCACGUGACGCACAACCGGAGCUUCACAGCGCACAUGCCGUGCUCGCUAAAGUCGGUCAAAGGCGGCGACGGCGACGGCAAAGAUGGCGACGCCGAGCAGUCUUUCGAGGUGAACCGGCGCGCGAUACUAGCGGAAAUCGCGAGGAUUGGCGGAGACGUGAUCGAGAAGAUCGAGAUGAGGUGA